AUGGUUAGAUACGCCGCCACCGAAGUCUCCAGCGCGAGGUCUGCAAAGGCCCGCGGAGCAUAUCUACGCUGCUCAUUCAAGAACACCUUUGAGACCGCGAGCGCAAUCUCCGGAUGGAAGCUCCAGCGCGCCAUCAGCUUCCUCGAGCACGUCAAGGAGCACAAGGAAGCCGUGCCUUUCAGAAGAUACGCAGGCGGAACUGGACGCGCAGCACAGGGCAAGCAAUUCGGCGUCACUCGCGCACGAUGGCCUGUUAAGUCUGCCGAGUUCUUACUCGGUCUCCUCAAGAAUGCAGAGGCAAAUGCCGAUACCAAGGGCCUCGAUACCGGAAACCUGAUCGUCAAGCACAUUCAGGUCAACCAAGCCCCCAAGCAACGCCGCAGGACAUACCGUGCUCACGGUCGUAUCAACCCAUACAUGUCCAACCCAUGCCACAUCGAAUUGAUCCUGACCGAGGGCGAGGAGGUUGUUCAGAAGUCAGAGGCGGUUGCUGAUCGGGAGGUUGCGCACUUGAGCUCGAGACAACGUGGUGCUCGCAAUCGUCGUGCGAUCACUGCUGCUUAG